GAAUGACAGCCUCUGGGUGUGAGCGGGGACCAAAAAGCCAGCCGUCAGCGGCCAGGCUCCAAGGCCCCCAGGCAAGCAGCUACCUAUCUAGGUUAGCAUUCAUGUACUGUGCAGUAAGCGGUCAAGGCGGUGUGAAGAUGGAACCUGGCUCAAGCGGGAGACUAGGUAGGUUGACGCUUGGGGCCUCGAGGGUACACUACACUGAUGAAGCGAUUGGACCCUUGAGUUGAAGUUUUUGUGUAGUUGUGGAUGUGAUGACGGCGUUGCUGUCUCUAUCCACUGGUGCUUGCUCGAGUGUGGCAUUUGAGAUGUUUGGAAGACUCGGAAGGCUUGAAGGGCUUGUAGAUAGAAGCCUCGUGGUUUGCCAGUUAGGCUGUAGGCAAACCUCGGGGAAUGUUUGGCAUGAUUGCCAUUUUAAUUGUCACUCAGAUUUGCAGUUUGAGGUCUUCGAGAAUUGAGAUGCUGCUUGGACAGAUGGCCAGCAAGGUGCGCACGUGUUUGCAGUGCUUCGAGCGCCGAGUGUCUGAGUUGUUUCUCUCGCUAGAUUUGCAUGUUGAUCGAUUCCACUUGCAGAGCACGCGCGGGGUUGUCAGGGAAAUGAGCCUCUCUCUCUCAGCUUCGUCCGCCUAGC